CCGUCAACGGUUUUUUGAAUCUCAAUAUAUUGAUCCGAUGAAAGAUACAUCAUUGUUCUUGAAAAACGUCUCACGAGUCAAUGCUGUUAUAAUAGUUCUUGUAAGAAAUAAAGAGAUACAUAAGUUAUGCGAGACAAUGAGAUAUUUUGAAGAUCGAUGGAAUAAAAAAUAUAAUUACCCUUAUGUAUUUUUAAAUAAUGAAGAAUUUACUCAAGAAUUUAAGGUUUUAACAAAAAGAAUGACUCAUUCUGAAACAUAUUAUG